GUGGGCAACUAUGCAAUGACCAUAUUGGAAGUUUAAAGGGAAAAAAAGGAAAAGGGAGAAAGAGAAAUCUUUCUGUCUUAAGUGUAAUUAGCAAUGGCUUCCUCAGUUCUUUCCUCUGCAGCAGUUGCCACUCGCAGCAAUGUUGCUCAAGCUAACAUGGUUGCACCUUUCACUGGCCUUAAGUCAGCUGCCUCAUUCCCUGUUUCAAGGAAGCAAAACCUUGACAUCACUUCCAUUGCCAGCAACGGCGGAAGAGUGCAAUGCAUGCAGGUGUGGCCACCAAUUAACAAGAAGAAGUACGAGACUCUCUCAUACCUGCCUGAUUUGAGCCAGGAGCAAUUGCUUAGGGAAGUUGAGUACCUUUUGAAAAAUGGAUGGGUUCCUUGCUUGGAAUUCGAGACUGAGCACGGAUUUGUCUACCGUGAAAACAACAAGUCACCAGGAUACUAUGAUGGCAGAUACUGGACCAUGUGGAAGCUACCUAUGUUCGGAUGCACUGAUGCCGCCCAAGUGUUGGCUGAGGUGGAAGAGGCGAAGAAGGCAUACCCACAAGCCUGGAUCCGUAUUAUUGGAUUCGACAACGUGCGUCAAGUGCAGUGCAUCAGUUUCAUUGCCUACAAGCCAGAAGGCUACUAAGUUUCAUAUUAGGACAACUUACCCUAUUGUCUGACUUUAGGGGCAGUUUGUUUGAAAUGUUACUUAGCUUCUUUUUUUUUUAUUCUUCCCACAAAAACUGUUUAUGUUUCCUGCUUUCUAUUCGGUGUAUGUUUUUGGAUUCCUACCAAGUUAUGAGACCUAAUAAUUAUGAUUUGGUGCUUUGUUUGUAAA